UACAGCCUGGAGCGAUGGAAGCAGCCGUUUGAAUGUUCGGCGCGUUUUAACUGUAGCGGUUGUGUUAACUUGUGACAGAGAAAGAAAGCGCAGGAUGGCCUCCCUUGCCACACUCAGCGAUGAGGGCUCAUUCAAGACCCCUAAAAAUGUCAGAGUGAAGAGCUUUGUAAGCAACGGAGGGACCCCAAUCACCAUCCCAGCCUCACCUUUCAUGAAGAAGUUGGGCUGUGGGACUGGAGUCAAUGUUUACCUUAUGAACAGACAGGGGAAGUUGAAUGCAUCCCCCUGGGCUGUCAAGAAGAUCAACAGCAAGUGUGCAGCCAAACAGGUGGCGGUUUACCAGAAGCGCCUGAACGAGGAGGCAAAGUUCCUGAAGGGAAUCAAUCACCCAAACAUUGUUGGGUUUCGUGCGUUCACCACGGCCAAAGAUGGAUCAAAGUGUCUGGCGAUGGAGUACGGAGGAGAGCAGUCCCUCAAUGACCUGAUAGAGAAGAGGAGAGAGGACGGCCUGAAAGCUUUCCCUGCUGCCAACAUAGAGAAAGUGGCUCUGCAUGUUGCUCGUGGCCUUCAGUAUCUCCACAAUGAGAAGAAGCUGCUGCACGGCGACAUGAAGUCAUGUAAUGUUGUCAUCAAAGGAGACUUUGAGACCGUCAAGAUCUGCGAUGUCGGUGUGUCUCUGCAGCUGGACGAGAACAUGAGAGUGUCAGACCCAAAGGCAGAGUACAUCGGUACAGAGCCGUGGAAACCCAAGGAAGCUCUGGACGAGGGCGGAGAGAUCACCGACAAGGCCGACAUCUUCGCCUACGGUCUGACUCUGUGGGAGAUGAUGACGCUUGCCAUGCCUCAUCUGGAGAUGCUGGAGGAUGAGGACGAGGAAGAGGAGGAUGAAGAGGACUCAAUGGAGGUGAGCUUUGAUGAGGACGCCUACUACGAGAGGUUGGGCACGAGGCCAGCGCUGGAUGUCGAUGCACUGGGCAGCUCAUACCAGAGGAUGGUGGAGCUUUUCUGUCUCUGUACAGAGGAACACCCAAGGAAGAGACCCUCAGCUGCCCAGAUCGUCCAAGCUUUAGAGAGCAAUGCCCCACUGGAUAAAAUGCCCAGUGAGGUGAUUGUUAUUGAUUGAUUUACACAGAUUAUUUAGCUUUUUGUGGUCAGGGAUUUGUAUCAGAGAUUGCAGACUAGGAUAAAACGACAGAGGAUUCAGGGCUAUUUUUUGUUUUAGUAAUUUAGAAGCUCCAGGAAGAGUUAACGUGGAGACCAAUCUAGCUUCAGCGUAAAAACAUGUCAGUCACUGGUUAAAGUAUCAGCUAACUGACAUGAAUGACUUACAAAAACUCUUGUUGUCUCUGUACUAUUCAUGUUCAUCUGUUGACCCUUUAAAUAGCACAUUAGUCUGUCGUUUGUUUGUCUCAUCUUUGCUCCAUGUACGUCAACUUUUACUGUAAAUGUUUUUACUUUCUGUACCUCUCAAUUCUUGACAGUUUCAUGUGUUUCAGCACUUCUGUAAACUUAUUUUUCUUGAGCUGUCCUGGGUUUUUGUUUUCUGUUCAUUAUUGUACUGCAGCUCUAGUUGGUUUUAAAAAUAAAAAACAUGCAUACCAGUUGCUUUUAAAUCUGAAA